UACUAAUCGUUAUCAGUGAGUAAAAACACUCGACUCGAACCUGCAGCAUCGCCAGUAUAACGCUGAUUCUAAAAGUAACAACAACCCCCAAUCAUCGCCAAGAUGAAAAGUAGAGUACAGAUUGUGCUAUCCCUGUUGGCUGCCCUAGUGGCAGCAUCCAUCGCCGGGCGCAUCCCACCCACCGAGAAGGACAACUCGUCGUCGGAGGAAUCCGGAGAGACCAAUGAAGCCCUAAACGAAAUUCGUGCAGCCUGUCAGAAGAAUACGGGUUCCAAUGAAACCUUCGACCAGAUCCUAUCCGACAUCGGUUUAGUGCCCCUUUGUGCCGUUGAAAAGCUUGAUGUGGACGGAUUUACCACUGAUUUGGAUUCGUUGUCCAAUGCGACCCGAAAGCAAUUUUUCGCUAAAUACUGUCCCCAGCUUGAGGAUUCGAUUAGUUGCUUAAACCCAGCACUCAACAAAUUCCGAUCGUGUCUGGAACAGGAAGACACCGAAAUUAUAGAUAUUCUUUUCAACCUGCUUCCAGAGGCAGUCCGUUUCAUUUGUCGGAAUGACGGCGAAAUAUUUUUCAUGAAUGACAGAAACUUUUACCAGUGUUUUGACAAAGCCGGGGAUUACGCAUCAGAAUGCAUCGAUAAAAUUUCAAAUUCUACGGAAGCGAUGGAUCUGUCUCACUACGGUGCCAAACAGUGUGGAGAACUGGCCGAUGUACGUGAAUGUUUUCAGUCGAAGCUGGACGAGUGUCAAGCACCUCGGUUGAUCGACGUGUUUGAUUUGUUCUACCGGCCACUGAUGAAAUCCAGUCCUUGUAAACGUUUCAUCGUUUUCGACGAGAUGCCUGUCAUUGAAAGCAACGACAUUUGAAGAUUAUCAAGGAUGGAUUAAUAAACAACAGUUCAAGGAAAGGUUCUUAUCUGCUGCGGAAAGAGCAGUAGACUGCAGUUCUGUACAAUUUCGAAUGAUAAUAUACAUGGGGAAAAUGUAUAACGUUGGUGCCAAUGAAUUUAUUUUACAGUGACAGGAGUUUUUUUUAUUUAAAAAGUAAUAUCAAUACAUUUUGAUUUUUAUAAUCAAAUCGGUGAUCGUAACAUGUGUGUAAACAAACACUGAAGAGAAAUAUUUACGAUUAACAAUUUACUCUUCUGAACUUCUGAAAAGGCAUACCUAUGUAAUGGUUCAAGGGAAUAUAAUUUUUCGGAGGAAAUAA